AAAGAAACCAGGACAGCUCAUAGUUAAUCAGGUUCGAAGAACAUGUGGUAUUUGGAGAAACCUGCUUCCCCCCUUAUAUUCCUUCAUGUCAUACUCUUUUAGCAGUAAUCUCUGAAAGGGGCAAAACACUUGGAUAAGACCCUGAAACUUGAUGUUUUACUAGAUUUUAUCUUUAACAAUAGUUUCAUUCAGCUUUUGUUAGAAACUUGAGAGUUUUCAGACAACAAGAAAAAAAAAAAGGAAGCCAUGUCCAAUUCAGGCCAAAAGUCCGGUAAGGCUACUGAGAGAGCAAAUUUUGUCAAUCUUCUUAGCCAGUACUUGAAAGAAAAAAUAAAUCUUGGAGAUAUCAGCGUUGGGAUGACUUCAAAACGUGAAACCAAAGGGGUUGAAACAUCUAGGCAACAAGCAAUGACAAUGAACUUUUUGCCCCAUAUGGAUAAUUCCUCUGAGAGUUCAAGACCAAAUCUUGUGGCAUCUACAUCAAAUGUGAAAUCUUCUGAUUUCUUCCCAGAGAUUGGCAGUUUUGGUGCCUCCAGUUCCAAGGAAGAUGCCACUAACAAAACAGAUUUCAGGAAACCAGCAAUAGCGGAGCCAAAGAAUGCCCAUCUGACCAUAUUUUUUGGCGGACAAGUGCUGGUAUAUAAUGACUUUCCAGCUGACAAGGUCAAGGAGAUCGUGGCCUUGGCUAACCAAGGAUGCUCAAAUGCAGGUAGUGGUGUUGUUUCUGAAUCUGGCAUGGAAAAAGUAUAUUCCAACAUAGACAAAAUUGAUUCUACCUGUUCUGACAUUCCUGACCUGAACAUCGCCUCGAUGACUGCAAAUAGUCCUGCUCAAGAUUCUUCUGUUGAGCGGCAUCAAUAUGGUGGUUCAGAUUUACGAAUUGCGAGAAGAAAUUCACUUCACAAGUUCUUUGAGAAGAGAAAAGACAGGGCAGCCGCAAGGGCUCCAUACCAAGUUAACAACCUACGAGGAUCUCCUCCUCCACCUAAACCUGAUGAAAGCAAGUCAUGUCAUGAGGAAGGUCAAUCAUCAAAAGAAGCAUCAAGAGAUCUUGAUCUCAAGUUAUAGUAAAUAUUGUCAGUUCAUCGUGUUGUAACUUGGGAUACCUUAGUGAUCAGGCAUAAUGAUCUUAAUUCUUAACUAUUGUUGUUAGGCAUUUUACACUUCUACCAAUACAUUUUUUUGCAACUAAUCUGUUACAAUUAAAUUGAGAUCUGAUUUAUUUUUUGUCUAUAA